AGCGAGAGGGAGAGAGUGGAGCGAGCGGAGAAAAGACAGGAGUCGUGUAUAUACGGUCAAAGCAACUUCUAUACACGUUGUAAGCGCGUGAGUGAAGAAAGAAGGAAAAGAUCCUACAAGCAGUGAUUUCAAAAAGGAUCUUCGGUACCGGCUCUUACUUGGACAGGAGCUCACCGUCGCUUCCAAGGAAUACAUACGUGCGUGCUUGCAUGCGUCGUGUCUAUUUGUUUUUCAUCAUGACAGACACACGCCGAAGAGUUAAAUUAUAUGCAUUGAAUGCAGAUAGACAAUGGGAUGAUCGUGGAACUGGGCAUGUAUCUUCUUCUUACGUUGAUAGACUUAAAGGAACUUCACUUUUAGUUAGAGCUGAGAGUGAUGGAACUGUACUAUUAGAAAGUAAAAUACAACCAGACACUGCUUAUCAAAAACAACAGGACACUUUGAUUGUAUGGUCAGAAAGUGAUAACUAUGAUUUAGCUUUAAGUUUUCAAGAAAAAGCAGGAUGUGAUGAAAUAUGGGAAAAAAUAUGUCAAGUACAAGGAAAAGAUCCUUCUGUUGAAAUAACGCAAGAUAUUGUUGAAGAAUCAGAAGAUGAAAGAUUUGAUGAUAUGUCAGAUUCUGCACCACCUAUAGAAUUACCACCUUGUGAACUUAGUCGCUUAGAGGAUAUAAAUGAGUUAGUAAGUAAUUGUCUUUCUUCUCCUAUGAGAAAAGAAAAGUUAGCAAUGGCUUUGGAAUCUGAAGGAUACAUUAGAAAAUUAUUAAAUCUAUUUCAUACUUGUGAAGAUUUGGGAAAUAUGGAAGGAUUACAUCACUUAUAUGAUAUUUUCAAGAAUAUAUUUCUUUUAAAUAAAAAUGCUCUAUUUGAAGUCAUGUUUAGCGACGAUACAAUUUUUGAUGUCAUUGGUUGUCUGGAAUAUGAACCUACAUUAACUCAGCCAAAAAAACACAGACAAUACCUUCAACAAUUGGCAAAGUUCAAGCAAGCCAUUCCAAUAACAAAUGCAGAGUUACUUGCCAAAAUUCAUCAGACCUAUCGUGUGCAGUACAUUCAGGAUGUGGUCCUACCCACUCCGAGUGUGUUUGAAGACAAUAUGCUCAGUACAUUAAGCAGUUUUAUUUUUUUUAAUAAAGUUGAAAUAGUGACACUCAUACAAGAUGAUGAAAAAUUCCUCACUGAACUUUUCCGUCAAUUAACAGAAGAAAACACACCAGAUGGUAAAAGACGUGAUCUUGUACUGUUUCUUAAAGAAUACUGUAAUUUCUCACAGAAUCUUCAACCUCAGGGUAAAGAGGCAUUUUAUAAGACUUUGACAGCACUAGGUAUUUUACCCGCACUAGAAAUUACACUUGGUAUCAACGACGCACAGACGAAAACCGCUAGUAUAGAUAUUUUAAAUUAUAUUGUUGAAUACUCACCAAGUGUUAUUAGAGAUUACACAUUACAGCAAAUUAAUAACACAGAACAGGAUCAGAUGCUUGUUAAUGUAAUUGUCACUCAGCUGAUCAAUGACAGUGAUCGUGAGUUAGGAGGAGCCGUACAGCUCGCCGGAGUCCUACGCCUUCUACUUGAUCCAGAAAACAUGAUGGCUUCUGUAAAUAAGUCGGAAAAGGCGGACUUCUUGAACUACUUCUACAAGAAUAGCAUCGGUACUCUCAUUGCACCCCUACUGGCCAACACGAUUGGCGAUAGACCUGCGUGUGAGGAUCACAGAACGGUGCAGCUACUUGGAUUAAUACUCGAAUUGCUCUCGUUUUGCGUCGAACACCACACGUAUCACAUAAAAAAUUGCAUUUUAAAUAAGGACUUAUUGAGGAAAAUACUUGUAUUGAUGAAGUCCACGCACACGUUCCUUGUUCUCUGUGCUCUCAGGUUUAUGCGCAAGAUAAUUGCACUUAAAGACGAAUUUUAUAAUAGAUAUAUUAUUAAAGGAAAUCUUUUUGCACCUGUAUUCGAUGCCUUCACUCGCAACAACGGACGCUAUAAUCUUUUAGACUCCGCCAUCCUUGAAAUGUUCGAGUUUAUAAAAUUGGAGGACAUCAAAUCUUUGUGUUCGCAUGUUGUGGAAAAUUUCUCGAAAGAACUAGAAGCGAUAGAUUAUGUACAAACGUUUAAAGCUUUAAAACUGAGGUAUGAGCAGCAUCAGGACAAACUGAAAGAUCGUGAUAGAGGAACCCUCGAUAGCGUGCCGUCGAUAUUGAGAAACAGCCGGUAUCGACGGGAUCAACGGCAACUCGAUGAGGAGGAGGAGAUGUGGUUUAAUGAGGAGGAGGAUUUCGAUGAAGGCGAAGCCGUAGUACCUGCAGCUGCAGCUGACCUUGUGCAUCCCACCUCUGCUAAGAAACAACCAAGUUCAGCUAACUCACCAGGUUGUGGAAUUGUUGAUUCUCCUAAAGAUGGCAGCAGUCCACCACAUCAGCAACAGCAUUCACCACCUCAACAACAGACGAUUCUCAAUAACAAUACUGCCAAUGCGGUUACGGUAGCGGCGGCGACGGCGGCGGCGGCAGCGGCAGCGGCAGUAGCAGCGGCGGGUCCUGUACUGUCAGCUACGACACAACAGUCACAAAUAAAUAGUGGUGGAAGUCCGACUUCGGUAAAUGAGUUACCCGUAGUCAGCAUCAUCUCAGAUACAAUUAAUCCUACUACGACCAUAAGUGUCAUUGACAAAACUGGAUCUAAUAUUUUUAAGAAGGGAUUGGUUGAUUAUGAAGGUGACUCAGAUGAAGAAGAUGAAGAAACAGAACUGAGUCCAACGCCUAAGCGACAGCGACUUUCAUAGUAGGCAAGCUAUCCGUCAUUAGUAAGAGUGCUGUGACCAGAGCUUUGUAUAUUGGACCAAGAAAAUAUUACGGAGCACAAUCGUACGAGUGAAGUCAUGAAUAACAUUCCUUUGUUUUCGAUGAUUCUCCGUUGAGGAAAUAACCUCAUUUCCGCCUUCCAUCUGCAGGGGCCUUAAGGUGCAUGACAACGAACCUUUUUUUUCAGUUUUUAUAAAAUUUUUUAAUUUAAACCUUUUUCCUUACAUUAUUGUUUCUUCACUAUGUAAUUUUUUUUAAUUAUAAAAUUGAAUAAAAAUUCUAGUUUUUACUUUAUCACAAAGAAAUUAUCUGUACUUUUCAUUUUAAAGUUUUUAUUUUAAUAUUUGUCUUAGAUACAUCGUAUAAACCCCUGGAGUUGGAGGUUUAAGAAUAAUGUAUAGCAGUUGCGUAAUUUCAGAUUACAAAAAAUUAAAAAAAAUUAUUUAUUGUUUUGAUGAUGUAACGU